CUCUGGCGCAGUUGCUGUCUCACUUGCCGUCCCUCCUCUCCCUCAACCUCCAGUCCUGCUCCCUCCUGGAUGACGCCACUCUCCUCCCUCUCUCCUCCUCCUCCCCCUACCUCACUUCCCUCACUCUCUCCGGCUGCUCUCUCGUCUCUGACCCCAGUCUCCUGGCCAUAGCCUCAAGACUAUCAUACCUCCAGGCACUAGGCCUCGCUUACACACAGGUGUCUAUGUAGGCGCGCAUUCAUGCUAGGAUGGGUGGAGUUCACUGAUUAUAGCAUCUUAAAAAAGACAUGUAUAUAAAGGUUGUGGAGAAGUUGCUGGAGCAUGGAGCAAAGCUAGACAACAUUACUAAAGUACGUAUGUAUAUACUGUAGAUCCAAUUGGUGGUGUUAGCUACGGUCCAACCCCCACAGUUAAGAAUGGUAGAUGGAAUGAUUAUUUUAUUACUACAGUAUCGGGACUCGGCACUAAUAAUGGCUCGGCAUUAAUAAUGGCUUGUUAUAACGAUGACUUGACCACGGCUUCUGUCCUUCUCAGAGCUGGUGCCUACCGAAAUGGCUGCAACAAGUUUGGACAGACUCCACUACUGUUGGCUGUAACGAAGAAUAAUGUGGCAAUGGUCAAGGAAGUGAUAGGGGCAGGAGUUGAUGUUAACAAAAUGGAGCAGAAAACUGGAUACACAGCUCUGAUGUUUGCCUGCAAGGGAGGUCAUCUCGACAAAGUAAUGAUUCUCAUGGAACACGGAGCUGAUGCAAAGCUUAGGAAUGUUGAAGGCAUCACAGCAUCCGAUGAAUUUUGGGAUUUGUGUGCCGUAAUUGAACUCAUGGAGCCACAAGCUACAGCUGAUAUCACAGAGGAUAGUUGUUAUAUACGUGCAAGGCUAAAAUUGUGGCAAUGGCACCCUGACACUUCUCUGAUUAAAGAAACAGUGGAUGAAGUGGUCAAAAGGUUCCAUGCUCAGAUGGAUCAUGUCCCAUUGUUAUCACUGUAUGACAGCGACAAAGAUGUGGCCCUCAAAGUCCCAACAACAUUAUAUUAAACAUCAUUUCACACAUGAUUUGUGUAUACUGUGCAUC